GAUCAUUACAAAAAAAAAAAAAAGGAAUUACAAGGGACCAUUAAUAUUUUCUUCUGUUUUUUUCUGGUAAAUUUUGCAGAGCUUAUGGUUUUAGGAUUCAUAUCUCUAACCCUGACAUUCUCCCAAAGCUAUAUUGCUGGUAUCUGUAUUCCUUUGAGGUAUGCAAAUACAAUGUUACCAUGCCCGGCGAAGGGUCAAAAAGGACAACUUGGCAGUGGAGGGGAGAAUCAUCGCAGGCUUUUAUGGUCUCAGCAUAGAUUUUUAGCUGGUGACAGUGGAAGUAAAGAGUGCAAAGAUGGGUCAGUGCCUCUCAUAUCUGUCGAUGGACUGCAUCAGUUGCAUAUCUUCAUAUUCUUUUUAGCAGUAUUUCAUGUGGUAUACAGUGCCAUAACAAUGAUGCUUGGAAAAUUGAAGAUACGCAAUUGGAAGGAUUGGGAACGCGAGAGUUGGAGGGAGCAUGAUGCCAUGAAUGAUCCUGCAAGAUUCAGGCUCACUCAUGAGACAUCAUUCGUGAGAGGACACACAAGUUUCUGGACAAAAACUCCAAUCCUCUUUUAUUCGCUAUGCUUUUAUCGACAAUUCUUCAGAUCCGUUCGAAAGUCUGAUUACUUGACCAUGCGACAUGGAUUCAUUUCUGUCCAUCUAGCUCCUGGAAGCAAGUUUAAUUUUCAAAAGUACAUCAAAAAAACAUUAGAAGAUGAUUUCAAGGUAGUCGUUGGAAUCAGUCCACUACUAUGGGCCUCUGCAAUUCUCAAUCUGCUCUCGAACGUUCAUGGAUGGAAGGCUCAGUUCUGUGUUUCCUUUCUUCCUUUAUUUGUUACCUUAGCAGUUGGAACAAAACUACAAGCAAUUAUAGCACAAAUGGCUAUUGAAAUUAAAGAAAGACAUGCUGUGGUUCAAGGGAUACCACUUGUGCAAGUGUCUGACAGAAAUUUCUGGUUUUCCUGGCCUGAAUUAGUCCUUUAUCUCAUCCACUUUGUCCUCUUUCAGAAUGCAUUUGAGCUAACAUAUUUCCUUUGGGCAUGGUAUGAGUUCGGGAAGGAAUCUUGUUUGAAUCAAGAUACAGUCCUCAUAUUCGUCAGAGUUACUUUCGGCGUGGGAGCCCAAGUCCUGUGCAGCUAUGCCACACUUCCACUCUAUGCCCUUGUUACACAGAUGGGAUCAACCAUGAAGCGCUCAAUCUUCGAUCAACAAACUUCAAAGGCCCUAAAGAGUUGGCAUCAGAAGGCUGUAAAGAAAACGAAUGAAGGGAAACCGGAUCAGCUCCCGACAAAGACUCUGGGUGGAAGUCCGGAUGACUCCGUGCAUUCCCCAUCCCCCACACGUCCUCGAUCUAAUAAAUUUCGUAUUGAAGGUCCAGAUUUCUCUGAUAUUGAAGCAGAAGCAGCAUCCCAUGAUCAACACACAGCUAACAUCACGGCAACUGUGGAUGUGGAACUCAGUGUCAAUCAUCAGCAUCGCCCUAGUGACAACAGCUCCCCAUUUGUCCAACGGGAUCUACUGAGUUAAGCAUAGUUAUGGAUGGGUUAUAUUAGCCGCAAGACAAAAUUUGUCUCAAGGGCCCCACACCCACACAGUAGCAGUGGAAAUACCAGACAAUACUGCUGUUACGUUCCUGACAAGGUCACUUCAGGUGUGGCAAUACAUAGCUGGUUCCGGAUUGCUGUUGCUACACAUUUGGAGCAACAAAAAUUUGUUCCCAGAACCUCAUACGACAUGUAGAUGAAAUCAAAAACAUUAUCAACAGUUUUGUUUGUGUAGCAAGUUGUACUAAUACAAAUAUUUCAGUCCUAUAUUUGGUAAACCUUGUGGAAGACAAUUCUCGCAAGCCCAUUAUUGAA